AUGGUUGACCCCGAGAUCUUCACAAAGUACCCGUCCCUCAAAAAGAUGCAAGGCCUGAAUGACGAAGAUAUUUUUGAAUCACACGAUGGCCGCGAGUUGACCCUGCUCAGAUACAUCUACAACCACCCUGACCUCGACCCCAAACUGCGGGGUUCCCCAUCCGCCAUCCUGGAUGAGGCGCUCUGCGAGUCGGAUGCGAAGCUGGCCGAGAAAUUGGAAUUCCUGAACAAGGAAGGCACGGUUGUGGUUGCUGACAAUGUUGUAAGGCCCGGUGCGCCGGAAUAUCGGCGCUACAUGCAGAGUAACCCGCGUCUGAGCGAGAGCUGGGGAUUGCCUAGUUUGAUUAUCCCGGUCGGCUUUGAGGAUGAGUUGGAGAUUAGUGUGGUUGGCGCGUGA